CCUCAAAUUGCGCUGUUGGCUUCAGUGAUGGGGCGAUGAUGAUGCUGCACGCGAUUUACUUCUUAUAGUUAUUUCCCCAAAAAUACAGGUUUUACUGAGUGAUAUUCAUUAUGUUUCGUGUUGUGGUAGAAUCUGCUAAAGGUCUGCCUAAGAAGAAACUUGGAGCAACUCCGGAUCCCGUGGCAUCUAUUAUUUUUAAAGAUGAAAAGAAGAAAACCAAAACAAUUGACCAUGAAGUAAAUCCAGUUUGGAAUGAAGUUGUUGAGUUUGAUUUGAAGGGCUCUGCACUUGAUUCCUCAUCUUUCAUUGAUGUGAUUGUAAAAGACUACGAAACUAUUGGGAAAGACAAGUUCCUAGGCUCUGCAAAAAUCUCACUUAGAGACCUUGCAACUGGUCAAGUCAAGUCAUACCCAGCUAAAGAUGUGGCUCUUGUCAAUGAAAAGGGGCAGGCUAUUGGGGCAACUGUGAGCGUUGUGAUUCACUAUGAACCUCCAGCAAACGCCACUCCGAACCCAAACGACCAAUCGGAUGGAAAUCCGGCAGCGGAUUCUGCAGAAGGUGGAGGCCAAGAAGGGGAAGAGCACCUCGAUGGAGGACAGAGUGGUUCUGCAGGGGUUGUCUCCUCCCCUGGUCAGCCUGGGAACCCUAACCAAACAUCGGUCAGGAAUAACAGGAAACGGAAUCGUCCUCUAUCCAAUAAGCCUCAGGACUUUCAGGUCCGUGUCAGGAUAAUAGAAGGACGACAGCUCACUGGGAAUAACAUCAAACCUGUCAUAAAGGUGAAUGUAUGUGGACAGACACACAGAACCAGGAUCAAAGCGGGUAACAAUCCAUUCUUUGAUGAGAUAUUCUUUUACAACAUCAACAUGUUACCCUCCGAACUUUUCGAUCAAAACAUCAGCUUUCGGGUGUACAACUCCUUCUCUUUGAGAGCUGACAGUCUCAUGGGGGAGUACAAGGUUGACGUUGGGUUUGUCUACGACGAACCAGAUCACGCGGUCAUGAGGAAGUGGCUCCUUCUGAACGAUCCCGAUGACUCCAGCUCUGGGGCCAGGGGAUACCUCAAAGUCAGCAUGUUCGUAGUGGGAUCGGGAGAUGAACCACCGGUAGAGAAGAGGGACAUGAACGAUGACCAGGAUGACAUAGAGAGUAACUUACUGCUGCCAGCUGGGGUGACUCUACGAUGGGUCACACUGUCUCUCAAAGUUUUCCGGGCUGAGGACAUUCCCCAGAUGGAUGAUGCCUUUGUCCAGUCAGUGAAGGGGCUAUUUGGUGGCGAUGGGUCCAAGAAGAAUCUAGUGGACCCUUUUGUCGAAGCUCGCUUCGCUGGCAAAAAGCUGUGCACCCAAGUCAUUGAGAAGAAUGCCAACCCAGAAUGGAACCAAAUGCUGAAUCUUCAGGUCAAGUUCCCCUCCAUGUGUGAACGAAUCAAACUGACCGUCUUUGAUUGGGAUCGCCUGACUAAAAACGACUCCAUUGGCACCACGUACUUGAAUCUGUCCCAAAUAGCAUCCUCUGGUGGCGAAAUUGAAGAAAAACAUGCAGGACAAGGGUUGUCUUCAACAAAUGAAGGGACGACUGGGGAGUCUGAGGUGGGCUUCUUGCCAGCCUUUGGGCCCUGCUAUGUCAACUUGUACGGGAGUCCCAGGGAGUUCACGGGGCUUCCUGACCCUUAUGAAGACCUUAACUAUGGCAAGGGCGAAGGAGCGGCGUAUCGAGGAAGGCUCCUGAUUGAGCUGUCUACUAAACUGGAAGGCAAGGCAGAUAAGGCCAUUGAUACCAUCCCUAAUGAUGACAUCUUGGUGGUCCAGAAAUACCAGCGUCGGAGGAAGUACUGCCUGUGUGCGGUAUUUUACAGUGCCAACAUGAUCCAGGAGCCUGGGGAACCAAUCCAAUUUGAGGUCAGCAUCGGCAACUAUGGCAACAAACUGGACUCCACCUGCAAACCCCUGGCCUCCACUACCCAGUACAGCUGUGCGGUGUUCGAUGGUAACCACUACUACUUCCUGCCCUGGGCCAACACCAAACCGGUGGUUGUAAUCCCGUCGUUUUGGGAGGACAUCAGUCACCGUUUGGAUGCAGUCAACAUAAUCCUGUACAUAGCUAAACGCCUGCAAUCUAACAUCACAGCAAUGAAGACAGCCAUCUUGGCUAAAGCCUCUGACAACCAGCUUGCAGAGAUCUGGUUGAGGCUUGUCAAUCAGGUGAUCGAUGACAUCACCAGUUUAAAAUUCCCAGAGCUGGUGGGCCAAUCCAACCUGACCACACUUGACAUGCAGAUCAAGAAGCUGCGUGACAGCGCCUUACUAACCAUCGUAGAGGCGGCCAAGCGCAUGAGAGACGAGGCCACAGAGAUCAGGGACACUCUGGCCGAUAUCGAGGGCUGGCUGGAGAAACUGCACCAGGUUGCUGAGGAGCCCCAGAACAGCAUGCCUGACGUGAUCAUCUGGAUGCUGAGAGGGGAAAAGAGAGUAGCGUACAGUCGCAUCCCAGCGCACCAGCUCCUCUACUCCACACACAGCGAGCAGGCCUGCGGGCAGUUCUGUGGCAGGACCCAGACUGUUUAUAUGCAGUACCCUAUGGAUAAAAACAAGGGUCUGAAGGUCCCGGCUCAGAUCAGAAUCAACAUGUGGCUGGGUCUGUCGGCACACGAGAAGAAGUUCAACUCUUUCUCUGAGGGGAUGUUCAGUGUGUUUGCAGAAUUGUAUGAGAACCAGGCCUACCUGAUGGGAAAGUGGGGUACAGCGGGCCUGGGUAUACACCACAAGUACUCUGACGUGACUGGCAAAAUGAAACUGAAACAGGAGUACUUCAUGCCACCGCGAGGCUGGGAGUGGGAUGGAGAUUGGUUCAUAGACCCAGAGAAAGGUCUGCUGACAGAGGCAGAUGCGGGACACAGUGAGUUCUUAGAUGAAUGCUACCAGAAUGAGACACGCUUCCCUGGGGGAGAAUGGAAGCCUGCUGCCGAGCCAUACACUGAUGUGAAUGGAGAAAAGAUGCAAAACCCAGUGGAGAUGGAGUGUCCUGCAGGAUGGAUCUGGCAGGAUGAGUGGUUUGUGGAUGAGAACAGGGCGGUGGACGAGAAAGGCUGGGAGUAUGGAAUCACCAUCCCUCCAGAUGAUAAACCCAAGUCCUGGGUGCCAGCAGAGAAAAUGUACCAUGUCCACAGACGGAGAAGAAUGAUCAGGCCAAGGAAGAGAACUUCAGCAGCUGCUACCACCGUUGAGAAAAAUGAAAACCCAGAUGGGUGGGAGUUCUCCUCUCUAAUUGGCUGGAAGUUCCACAAGAAGGAACGUUCGGCUGACACGUUCCGACGGAGGCGAUGGAGGAGGAAGAUGGCCCCUUCUGAUCAACUUGGGGCAUCUGCCAUAUUCAAACUGGAGGGCACGGCACUGGGGAUUGAUACAGAUGAGAAGAAAGAUGAGCCAGUUGAUGCCUCCAAGCUCUUUGGUGCCAGUACCCCCAGUGUCUGUUGUUCCUUUGACAGGGAAUAUGUCUACCACCUCCGGGUCUACGUCUACCAGGCCAAGAACCUUGCCGCCAUGGACAAAGACAGCUUCUCUGAUCCAUAUGCCCACGUGUCUUUCCUGCACAUGAGUAAGACCACAGAGACCAUAAAGGGUACGCUGAACCCCACCUGGGACCAGACCCUGAUCUUCAAUAAUAUUGAGAUCCACGGUGACCCCAAAAACAUUGCCAUGGAUCCCCCGGACGUGGUGCUGGAGAUCUAUGAUUACGACCAAGUGGGGAAGGAUGAAGUGCUGGGCCGGAGCGUGUGCGUCCCCCUGGUGAAACUGGGCCCAGACAUGGACCAGACCCCCAAACUGCUGUGGUUCCCCGUCACACACAAGGGCCAGCCGGCCGGGGAGGUGCUGGUGGCUGCUGAGCUCAUACUGAUGUACAAGGGCAAAGAGACGGAGCUCCCUCUAGUCCCGCCCAAACGGUCGGGUAAUCUGUUCAUGGUGCCGCAGGGAAUACGACCGGUGGUGCAGCUCACAGCCAUUGAGAUUCUGGCCUGGGGGCUCCGCAACAUGAAGCCCUACCAGUUAGCCACAGUGUCGUCCCCCAGCCUGGUGGUGGAGUGUGGUGGGGAGAGGGUCGAGUCUGCUGUCAUCAGAAACAUGAAGAAGAGCCCCAACUUUCCUGGAUCCGUCCUCUUCCUCAAAGUGCUUCUUCCCAAAGAGGAGAUGUACUCUCCUCCCAUCGUGCUGAAGGUGAUCGACCACAGGCCGUUUGGCAGGAAACCAGUGGUGGGACAGUGCACCAUAGACAGUUUGGACGGGUUUCGCUGUGACCCCUAUGUUAUCCAUAAGACAUCCAUGUCAUCCAAAAUGGCUCUGAUGGCUGCUUCUCCUCGGGACGUCAAAAUUCACAUGGAAGACAAAAGGCCUCUGCUUGAAGCUCAGCAAGCAGAAAAGGAAAAGGAGACAGUUGAUUGGUGGAGUAAAUUCUACGCUUCAACUGGAGAUCAAGAGAAGUGCCGUCCUUACAUUCAGAAAGGAUAUGACACAUUGAAGGUGUAUGAUAUGGCCCUGGAAGACGUUCCUGAGUACAAACAACUCACCGAUUUCUGCAGAACCUUCAAAUUGCAGAGAGGCAAGAAUGAAGAGGAAGAUGAUCCGUCCCUCGUUGGAGAAUUCAAGGGCUCUUUUAAGGUGUACCCUUUAUCCGACGACCCGGGUGUAACUCCUCCACCUCGCCAGUUUUGUGAGCUACCUGAAAGCGGUCCUCAAGAGUGCCUGGUCAGGAUCUAUGUGGUUAGAGGCAUUGACCUGCAGCCCAAGGACAACAAUGGCCAGUGUGAUCCCUAUAUAAAGAUCGCCCUGGGGAAGAAGUCGAUUGAGGAUCGAGAUCACUACUUACCAAAUACUACUAACCCUCUGUUUGGAAGAAUGUUUGAGAUGACAUGUUUCCUGCCUCAAGACAAAGACCUGAAGAUCUCAGUGUAUGACUUUGAUAUGCUGACCCGCGAUGAGAAGGUGGGAGAGACGGUGAUUGACCUAGAGAACCGUCUCCUGUCUCGCUUCGGCUCCUACUGUGGACUACCUCAGACAUACUGCAUCUCUGGGAUUAACCAGUGGCGCGACCAGCUGAAGCCUUCCCAGAUACUUCAGAACUUGGCUCGACUCAAAGGGGUCCCACCACCAAGGACAGAGGACAAUGGCGAAACCCUGUCAUUCAAUGGAAAACAGUUUACCCUGGAAGAAUUUGAGGCCAACAAAGAGAUCCACCAGCAUCUGGGCCCUGCGAAUGAACGGAUAUCUCUGCAUGUCCUCAGAACACAAGGACUGGUCCCAGAGCAUGUGGAGACCAGGACACUGUACAGCUCCUUCCAGCCCCAACUCUCUCAGGGACGCCUUCAAAUGUGGGUAGACAUUUUCCCUAAAAGCUUGGGCCUUCCCGGACCACCCUUUAACAUUGCACCACGGAAAGCCAAAAAGUAUUUCCUUCGAGUCGUUGUUUGGAACACUACUGAUGUCAUUUUGGACGAGACUAGCAUCACUGGGGAGCGCAUGAGUGAUAUCUACGUCAAAGGCUGGAUGCCAGGGAUGGAGGAGGACAAGCAGAAGACUGAUGUCCACUACAGGUCCCUAGAUGGAGACGGUAACUUCAACUGGAGGUUCGUCUUUGGCUUUGAAUAUCUGCCCGCCGAACAGCUCUGUCUGGUCUCCAAAAAGGAACACUUCUGGAGUCUGGACAAAACAGAGUUCCGGAUACCCCCCAAGUUGAUUGUUCAAAUUUGGGAUAAUGACAAGUUCUCAUUGGAUGAUUACCUGGGCACGGUAGAGCUGGAUCUACGCAAACUUACCCCUCCAGCCAAGACUUCAAAGAUGUGCAAACUGGGCAUGAUGGAGGAGGUGUCGAAUUCAGGGGACCACAAACUAGACAUGGCCAAGUCAUUGUUCGCUCAGAAGUCUGUCAGAGGCUGGUGGCCCUGUGCCACUGAACAGGAUGGGAAGAAAGUCCUUGCGGGGAAAGUUGAGAUGACUCUAGAAAUCGUAUCUGAGACUGAGGUGGAUGAAAAACCUGCUGGAAAGGGCCGAGAUGAACCCAACAUGAACCCGAAGCUUGACUUCCCUAAGCGUCCGGACACUUCCUUCUUUUGGUUUACAAACCCAUGCAAGACAAUGAAGUUUAUUGUGUGGCGGAGGUUCAAGUGGAUGUUCAUUGGACUCAUCAUAUUGAUCCUGGUCCUGCUUUUCUUAGGGAUCCUGUUGUACUCCUUGCCGAACUACAUUUCAAUGAAAAUUGUGAAGCCUUUCAAAUAAAAAUUCCAUACUGGGGUCUUUUGUCAAGAGGAUCAGACAUCAUGCAAGGUUGGGAUGGGGUGCGUUUCAACUAUGUUUUUUUCCUACAUUUUAGUUUUUGGUGAAGUUAAUUGGAAUAGUAUAAUAGUAUGACUCGGACUGCAAAGGUAGGGUAUUAUUAUGUUUAACAUCCUGUUUGAUAGUAAACUAUCAGUAACUAUUAUAUGACCUCUAGAGGUGCUUUGGGGUACUCCAGACAGUUAUAGCUGCCUAUAAUUAUAUAUGGCCCUCUGCAAGGCCUUUUAAGAAGAUAAAAAAUAAAUGACAAAGCCGUAAAACCUUAUCUUGAAUUAAAAUUUUAAUAUCAGGGUUUCAGGAUGAAAUAUAAUUGUAUUUAUUUUUAUCUUGUCCGUAUGCCUUUUCUGAGUUUUGGUGGUAAACAGGUGGCAGAAAAGUCAAUAUUUGUUGAUUAGAGAAAUUUAAUACAUUUUCUUUUAAGUCCUAGAAAUGCAUUGACCAAUGCGGACACAGAUAUGAUACAAAGAAUGUAGAAAUCCAUUAUAUUUACACUAAUUUGGAGAUGGUCUUAUGCAGACUGACAAUAGUGACUAUGCAAUUACAAUAUGUUUUUGUAUUGCUCCCCAUGGGCAUCAUAAUAGUCCCAUCAACUGAGAACAUUUGUUUAUAGGCAUAAGUUACAUUUAAGUUACAUUUAAGUUACAUUUACUGCAACUGAAAUACAUUACCCAUUAAUGACUGUAACAGAUUACUUGUUUAUGGACAGAAUUACUGUACAUUCUGCUAGCCUAGAUUUGCCCUUUUUAUUAGUCCAAUGUGGUUAAUUCAUCAUAUUUGCUUUCUCAUUAAACACAAAUAUUGAUUAAAAAAAAAGAUGAUUACCUUACAGAAAAAAGUGUAUUUGUGUAAUAUGCCUAUUAUAAAGGUAUAUUUUCAUUUUUGAUCUUAUCAAACUUCCUUAAAUGUUAUGCAAUUUUCAUUGUAUUCAUAAUGGAUGUUUUGUGCUUUGUAAUGCCUUAAACCAAGUAAUUCAAACCCUGAAUACCCACUGACUAAAUGCCAGUUUCACUGUUCUACAACCCUUUUUCCAAAAAAGUUGGGACGCUGUGUAAAAUGUAAAGAAAAACAGUGCAAUGCAAUAAUGUGCAAAUCAUGUCAUAUGCUGAACAAUACAUAAAGGUUUUGGAGCAUCAUAUGCUGCAAUCCAAACAAUGUCUUUUUCAGGGAAGGCCUUGCUUAUUUCAGCAGGACAAUACCAAAGCACCUUCUGCACAUAUCACAACAGCCUGGCUCUGUAGUAAAAGAGUCUGGGUGCUAAACUGGCCUGCUUGCAGUCUAGACCUGUCACCCUUUCAAAUCAUUUGGGGCAUUAUGAAAUGACAUAUGCAGCAAAGGAGAUCCCCAACUGUUCAGCAGUUGAAAUCAUAUAUCAAAUAAGAAUGGGACAACAUUCCACUUUCAAAACUACAGCAAUGGGUCUCCUCAGUUCCAAAAAGCUUACAGUGUUGAGGUAUGUGUUGCAGAAGAGGUACUGCAACACAGUGGUAAAGAUGCCGCUCCUGACCCAACUUUUUUGACACGUGUUGCUGGCAUCUUAUUCAAAAUGGU